AUGCUUUAUAUGUAUGUUUUUUUGUAAAAUAAAGGGCUCAAAUUUAAAAGGUUAGAUCAAAUAGGUGUAUGUAUAUAUCACCUAUUUUAUAAUUUUUAUGCUUUUUUUAAUUCUAUCUUCUUAAUAGAAAGAAUAUUUAUAAUUUAUUUAAAAAGUCUCUUAAUAAAAAUAGCAAGAAAAAUUUUAAGAUAGCAAGCAAUAAUGUCCAAAGUCGAUAACCCAAAUCCUUAAAUUCAUGAAAUAAAGUAAACUAUCUCAGAAGCAUAAAGAAAAAAGAGAGAUUUAUUAGAAUAAAAUGAAGAAAUUGAAGAUGAAAUAGAUUAACUAGAAAUUUUUGAUUUGAUUAGACAUAUUGAUGAUCCAGAACAUCCAUUAACAUUAGAAUAGUUAAAUGUUCUAUAACCAGAAAAUAUAAAAGUUAAUAUCGAUCACAAAUUAGUAACUGUUCUUUUCACACCCACAAUUCCUCACUGUAGUUUAGCUCAAAUUAUAGGAUUAAUGAUUAAAGUUAAGUUAAUUAGAUCACUUCCAAGAGAUUAUAAAGUAGAUGUCUAUAUUACUCCAGGUACUCAUGUAUAGGAGCUUUCUGUAAAUAAAUAAAUCAAUGAUAAAGAAAGAGUUAUGGCAGCAAUAGAAAAUCCUUCCAUCCUCAGAGUAGUAAAUAAAGGAGUAUCUAAUUCUGAUAGAUUAGAUAACUGUUGCUGA